ACGAGCCUUCCGUUGCAGCUGUGGCUGCUACAAACACAGCACAUGGUAGCAGGCAGCACUGGGCCUCCAAUUUAGGACCUGUUAGAGCUGUCAGUUCAUAGUUUACACUCAAACAACUUUAACUUUGUUAGUUGUAGAAAUUCUACAAACUUUUACGUCUGCGAGGGAGCAUAUAUAUACAUCGACUUUAAAAACAACUAGUUCAACUUCUGCGCCAAAGCUAGCAUGUCGACUGGCACAAAUCAAGUGAAAAGCUGCCCCAUCCCUACCAGGGUGCUCACCCUGAAGGACUGGUCCCAGCUACCCGACUGUUACAGCCAGACGCCCGGGGGGACCCUCUUCUCCACCACCCCUGGAGGUACCAGAAUCAUCUAUGACAGGAAGUUUCUCUUGGAUUGUAGAAAUUCGCCCAUCGCUCGGACCCCCCCAUGCUGUCUUCCCCAGAUCCCAGGGGUAACGGUACCAGCCACACACCCCAUAGGCAAACUGCAGGAUCUCAAAGAAGAAGUGGAAGAGGAAGAGAAGGACACUGCAGACGACAGCCAGUUUGAGAUGGACAUCUGAGCUCCAGUAUUACCUCCUGUGGAGAGUUAUUGGUUUAAAACACCUCCAUGGUCAUUAAUGACUGUAAUGCAUUACAUAUAAAGCUUUUUUUCACCUUUUUUUUAAGUAAAAGCUUCUGUGAGGUACCAGAGAGAAUAAAAACAUUGAAAACUUUAGGGUGUUUUUCCACCCUAAAAUAAAAAAAUUGUAUUAAUUGUAUUAAAUAAAUGGUUGCUUGCUCACUUCAGAGCUGCAACAGGAUUGAAAAAAUCCAUUUUGAUUUUUUUUUUUUAUUAUUUUGUAAAUAAGAAACAUGUAUCAUGUAGCCUAUUUUUUAAGUUGGGGAAUAUAAGAUGAAUACAGUAACACAUGUAGAGUUUGUUCAAUGCAGGCAUCGAUUUUGUUUAGUUACAUUUCCCCCACCAAAAAAAAGGAAUGCUAACUUCUUUGUAACAGCAAAAUGAGUCUCUCCUUAUGUAAGGGGUCAGGACCGACUGAAUAUCCGCUCUGCUUUGUUUUGUAUGAUGAAAUGUAAAACAAAAAAAUCAAAUAAACGCUUUUCAGAAAAUGUCA